AUGAAUAAAUAUUUCAAAAUUGAAGAAUCAAAACCAAAUUCAAAUGAACCCAAUUUAAUAAUUUGUUUAAAUUCAGAUGCAUUUCAACAUCAUCCACCGAAAGGUAAAAGAGGAACUCCUUCUAGAAGAUUAUAUGAUGAUGAUGAAUGUGUGAAGAGAUGGAAAGAUGAAUUGGGGGACAGAUUGGCUAAUCUUUUGGAAUUACCACCAGGCAAGAGAUAUAGUUUGAAAAAUUUUCCUAAAAAUUAUUAUUUAUACAAGUAUGCAAACUAUGGUCCAAGUACCAUGGACAAAACAGUCUUGUAUGGAGAUUGUCCUCCCAAAAGGUUUUGGUCUUAUCGUCACUUUGCUAGCUCACAUGAAUUCCUAUUACAUCUUUAUUGGUUAUGUACAAAUUCACGUGAAGCAGUUGGGAAAUGUCAGUGUCGAAAGUGUACUUCUCGAAAACAAAGGGAGGUUAAAUUGUUUAUAACUGAAUUAGAACAAUCAAAACAAUCAGAAAGAUUAAAAGCUGCAAGAAAUCAAAAUGAUGAUGAUGAUGAAAAACCUUUAAAGAAAGUCAAAAUUCAAGAAGUAGAUUUAUUUCACUCAAGUCCAUCUAGUAUUGUUUUUGAAAAAAAGAUUACUCAAGAAUCAAAAGUGAUUCAAAUUUUAUUUUCUGAUAACAUUAGUCAAAUUUCACAAGGAAGUCAAAUUAAUUCUGAACAAUUUGAGAUUGAUAUCUUCCAAGCUUCAAAUGAAAUUAAAGUUCCUUUUCCUAGUUCUAGUGUUCUCCAGGCAUCUGUGCAACCUAUCUUUCUUUCUAUUAGAUCUAAACGUACUCAAACUUCACACAAGCUUCUCUCAAGUGAUCCGACCAACACUCAAACAUCAAAGGAAAGAGUUCAGUCUUCUAGAUCUAGAAUUACUCAAGCAUCAAAAGGAAUCAAAAGUACUCCUCAUCUGUCCUCUCAAGCUUCACUGACUGCUGAACCAUCAUCUCAAUAUCAAUUUUCAAUCCAACCAAUCAAUCAAAAACUAAAAGAUGAUAAAUCAUACAAAUCAAAAACUCACUUAAUCAAUCAUGAUGUUAUACCAUCAAGUUUACCUCAAUACAGAUAUCUUGAAUUAGUUUGGUUUAAAUUAAAAAAACCAAUUGAAAUUCCUGCAAGUAUAAUCAAAGAAGAAAAAUCGAUUAAAAUCAAACUUUGGCCAUCAAUUGUACUUUCAAUUGGAUCAAAAUUUAAUGAAACACCUAAACCGUUUCAUAUAAGAUUACUUGGAAUUCAUAAAACUAACAAAUCAGUCUUUGAUCAUGAACUUUUACCAUGGAGAAGUUAUAAUUAUGAAAAAUUAAGAAACCAACUUAGAUGUCAAAUUGAAAUUAAUGAAGAGAUUGAAGAAAGUUUGAUUUAUGAAGAUUACCAAAUUGCUAUGACUAAUCUUUCUUAUGCAAUUCAAAUUAGUGUUCAUUUACAUUCGAUGAUCAGUUUGAGUGAAAAUGAUGAAAAUGAAUUGAUUGAAAGUCAAGAAUAUGAAAAUUAUGAUAAUCAAAUUUGGUUUGGAGCUGAGGUUUUAUCAAUUGGAGAUUUUGUUAUCUUAAAUGAAACUAUCAAUCAAAAACAAAAACAAAAAUUUAAAAGUAAAUCUGAAUUAAAAGAAGAUGAAAAGACUUGUAAAGUGAUGUUAAUUGGAGAAAUUCAAAAAUCAAAUCAAUAUGAUCAACAUUCAAACCAAUUAUAUGAACUUACUGGACAUCUGUUUACUACCUUAAUUUCCAAAAAAUCAAACUUAAAUCAAAUCAAAUCAAAUUCUAAAACUAAAAAAAAUGAUGAUGAGAAUGAUGAAAUUGCAUUACAACCUUAUUUUAAAGAUCAAAUCAAUCCAUCAAGACUUUUAAGAAGGAAUUCUACAUCAGGUUUUGAAUUUGAUUUGAUCACUGAAACUGGUAAAGAAAGUGGUAUGAAAGUUAAAAGGUUAAGUAAUGUGGUAGUAGAACCUGAAAGGAUUCAAAACAGUAGUAUGUCAGAAGUUUGUGGUUUAAGAGUUGAAGAAGAAAUCAAAAAAUCAAAUUAUCCUAGUCGGUUGAUUAUUCCUUCCAGGAUUUCAGCUAUCUCUUUUGCAAUUCAAAAGGCAAGGGAAGACCUUUAUAUUUUUAACUUUCAUGAUCUUUUUGACAAAAAAAGAUCAUCUGUUGAUCAAAUUAUUUCUAAAUGUACAAUCAAGAGUGUGUAA